CCGGCGCGGGUAGUAAUUGUUCUGUCAUGCUCUAUCUAUAGAGGCUGCUCCAGCCUACUGUCCUGCCUGAUUAUCUCUGCGGACUUCAAGGUUCCGUCGAUUAGAACGAUGAGAGAAAGCUCGCUUCACAUCCAAAAUGUUGUCAAUGACUCAUCUGUUUGUUUGAAGUGGUGCCCCUGGCAAUCCGGCCUAGACCAAACGCAACACUGCAUUCCGAACGGACCAAUCGCAGCGCCUCAUACUGUAUGCGCCAUGGAAUUCUGGAAACCUUGAUGUCCUAGCUGUAUAGGCUGAGUCUUCCUACUCCAGCUCAAAACGUUGGGAUCAUCGAGCCGAUUUGUCGAAUUAGCCUGAUUGUUCAGCAGCGCUCAGUGCCCUUCUCAGCUACACCUCUCUCGAGUAAUUCCCAUAUACCCUUUCUAUCCAGCAUAUUAGACGUCUGUACCGAUCUCUGUAGUAUCAAGUCCAAACUCCAAUGUUAUCACCGUACUGUUGGGCCACAUCACCUACUCACUGUAAUUAAAAUCAAAGCCACAUUGCGCACCUUCGGCCGAGGAUGG